CAGAGCACUGUGGGAGGAGGCUGUCUCUAAUUUCUCCUCUUCCCCCUCCCCCCUCCGGCCAAGAUGUCUGACAUGGAGGAUGAUUUCAUGUGCGAUGAUGAGGAGGACUACGACCUGGAGUACUCUGAAGACAGUAACUCUGAGCCCAAUGUGGAUUUGGAAAAUCAGUACUAUAAUUCCAAAGCACUGAAAGAAGAUGACCCAAAAGCAGCACUAAGCAGCUUCCAAAAGGUUUUGGAGCUUGAAGGUGAGAAGGGAGAAUGGGGAUUCAAAGCGCUAAAACAGAUGAUCAAGAUUAACUUCAAGUUGACAAACUUUCCAGAAAUGAUGAACAGAUAUAAGCAACUAUUGACCUAUAUUCGGAGUGCAGUCACCAGGAACUAUUCUGAAAAGUCCAUUAAUUCUAUUCUUGAUUAUAUCUCCACUUCUAAACAGAAUUCUGAUUUUUUAUGUCAGAUGGAUUUACUGCAGGAAUUUUAUGAAACAACACUGGAAGCUUUGAAAGAUGCUAAGAAUGAUAGACUCUGGUUUAAGACAAACACAAAGCUUGGAAAAUUAUAUUUAGAACGAGAAGAAUAUGGAAAGCUUCAAAAAAUUUUACGCCAGUUACAUCAGUCUUGUCAGACUGAUGAUGGAGAAGAUGACCUAAAAAAAGGUACCCAGUUAUUAGAAAUCUAUGCUUUGGAAAUUCAAAUGUACACCGCUCAGAAGAACAACAAAAAGCUUAAAGCACUCUAUGAGCAAUCACUUCACAUCAAGUCCGCCAUCCCUCACCCACUGAUCAUGGGCGUCAUCAGAGAAUGUGGUGGUAAGAUGCACUUGAGAGAAGGUGAAUUUGAAAAGGCACACACUGAUUUUUUUGAAGCUUUCAAGAAUUAUGAUGAAUCAGGAAGCCCAAGACGAACCACAUGUUUAAAAUAUUUGGUCUUAGCAAAUAUGCUAAUGAAAUCAGGAAUAAAUCCGUUUGACUCACAAGAGGCCAAGCCGUAUAAAAAUGAUCCAGAAAUUCUAGCAAUGACAAAUUUAGUAAGUGCCUAUCAGAAUAAUGACAUCACUGAAUUUGAAAAGAUUCUGAAAACAAAUCACAGCAACAUCAUGGAUGACCCAUUCAUACGAGAACACAUUGAAGAGCUUUUACGAAACAUCAGAACACAAGUCCUCAUAAAGUUAAUUAAGCCUUACACAAGAAUACAUAUUCCUUUUAUUUCUAAGGAGCUAAACAUAGACGUAGCUGAUGUGGAAAGCUUGCUGGUGCAGUGCAUACUAGAUAACACUAUUCAUGGCCGAAUUGAUCAAGUCAACCAGCUCCUUGAACUGGAUCAUCAGAAGAGGGGUGGUGCCCGAUAUACUGCGCUAGAUAAAUGGACCAACCAACUAAAUUCUCUGAACCAGGCAGUGGUCAGUAAACUGGCUUAACGGAGAGCAAGCUUUGCAGACAUGCUUAAGGCAACAGUGCAGAGAUGUGAUCCUUGAGGACUGGAAAGGCAAAACUCCCGUGGGUUGGUGUGUCCUGAAAGGGAUGGAGUUAUGGCAGAAGUGCUUUUUUGAUCAACUGGUUUGUGUUUUGCUGCUGCAUUUAUCCCAAGAAAAACAGCUUUAAUCUCCAGAAGAAAACCAAAACAUCAUGGGAUUUAUGCUGUGUUGACAUCUUGCCCUAAACAUACAACACCAUAGUAAUUUGUCAUGGGCAACAUGACCAGAGAGAAGAUUUUUGUCAUGAUUUUAAAUACACUGACACGCUACUGUUGGUUAAAUUUAAACAUGUUGUACCUGCAGAAAUUCUCUCACAAAUAACCUGCAAUAACUUGAAAUUCAUACCCUUUUGAACACUUCCUUUUCUCAUGUAUAAAUGAAAAUGUUUGCUGCAUUUUGCAAAAUGUCAAUUCUCCAAAACUGUGUCCGUCUAUUUCUGUCCUUGCAGCUAGUAAAGGUUAGACGACCCGAACUCUCAGUGGCACGCUGUCACCUAGGGCUCAAGCAGCAAAAUAAACAGUGCAGCUCAGAAAUUGUA